CAAUUGAGGCACCACCAAGCAUCUGCCUGGCAAUUCGAUUAACAUGGCUCCCUCACGCUAUCUCAUCCACCUUCUUUCGUUUUCGGCUUCGGCGUUAGCGAUUACAAGUGAAGAGGCCAGUCUCAUUGCUUGGAAGGCAUAUGGCCAAAUCAUGAGUCAGUUCAUUACUGCGAACGCACCACUCACGAAAGGAACGGACUUUAUCUACGUCACUCCUCCUACGAGCAACUUUGUUCGUGGUGGCACCCCAUGCCCUGAAUCGGUCACUAAUAUGGAGUUGUACAAUCUCGUCGAUCCGCUUCAGAAUUCCUCCAGUCCCCUGCUUGGGAAUGAUGGCCCAGGCUAUGUCCAAACGCUUGAGACAUAUUUGCAAUCCGUCAACAUCACGGACAAGGUGUUGACUCCAGAACAACAGGCGAAAUUGGAUGCAUAUGAGGCAGCUGUUAAUACUGCGAAGGCGAAGUUUCAGAAGGAAAAGAGCGCGGCUUUCCUUGCCUGGAAAACAGACGAAAUUGCGAAGUACUACAACCAGUCUUUCCAGAGCUGGAUUGCAGAAAACGAUCCACAAUACUCUAACUUCCAGCAACAAAUGGUCAAUGCCGAUGCCACAUACAACAACUUCAUGUUGAGUGUAUAUGGAUCGCAGUACAACCUUAUCCAAGAACAGCGCAAGAACAUCAACGACAAGGCCCAGUUUGAUCAAGCAUCAAUGCCAGGCUACAACAUGAUGGUUUAUCCAUCCGCACCUAAUUAUCUUGUCAAUCUUAAGCCAUUUGUCAAGCAAGAAAUCACGGACUUCGUUGCAUAUAGGCCUGCCUACACACUCGGCUCCUACGAGAACGUUUGUGAUGCCUUCUACACCUCGAGCACGGGAAACACCGUUCUACAAUACAAUUAUAAGAACGUUGAUGGCCACGAUUGGAGCACCCUCGGCUACUCGCAAACCGUCAAGAGUGGCGGAGCUGGUUUCUUUGGAAUUCUAGGGAUCAAAGCCUCUGCAACCUCUGAGGUCACCCACUUCAACUCGUGGAGCAGUACGUUCACACAAGAAGUCAGUCUCACGAUGACGAUGAAAGGCGCUCCUCAGCUUGUACCUAUUAACACCGGAUUCUGGGAUGUUGGAAACGUUCGUAAAACUUAUCCUAAGCUCCGACCUGGAGAGGUUGACGGCCUUGCCGGCCGCGUCCGCCUAACACAUGCUUUGGUUGGAUACCAACUUAGCUUGUCAAUUACGUUUAAGAAUACCGAGACCUGGAGGAACGUUACCGAGUUUAUCGAGAAGGGGAAGAAGAAUGUCGGUGGAGGGAUUCAUAUCUUCGGGUUCAGCUUCGGCGCUGGGGGAGGAGGCUCUUACCAGUUUAGCACAAACGACAUCAAGACAAACACUACUGUCGACGGUGGAAUCCUCAGCAUUCCUACUACGCCAGAGGGUAUGAUCUUCAUGCUCGGCGCCAGGGGCAAGGCCUUGUAA